AUGGCAGACAAUACAGAUUACAAUGAAUUGCUGCGCAAGAUAUCAAAUAGUCUUGAAAACGCCCUCGAGACAUUCGGGCCAUCAUCGAGGCAAUAUCAAGCCAUCCUGAACAUUCUCAAAGAAUGUCUGCAGGACAUCGAGAAUCAAAAACAGACACAAAGUCAGGAGCAGGUAGUUGACCCGGAUAUGCUCAGUGCUGCUAUGGGAUUUCUGAAGAUUGGAGAAUAG